AUGAAAGUCCCGUCGUCAGCGCUCCACCUCCCACUGGGUGGGCCGCCGACGGACGCCUACGGGCGCCUGCGGGUGCUCCAGGGAGGCCCUGAACGCCCCGGGGCGGGAUUCGGGUGCGGAGAUACGGAUGGGCAAGGCCAUUCAGCGCUGCGACAGUCCCUCGGGGAUCCGUCCAAUCCCUCAACCCAGGAAUUUUUUACUGGAGACGCCGCCGCGGCGCGGGCCAACCAGCGCUGGGCAAACGCAAUUUUUUCUCCUGCUUGUGCUCCCCAGCUCGGAGGCACGAGUCGUCGUUUUUGCCUCGGCGGCGCCUCGUUGCCUCUGCUCAUGAUGUCGCGUCCUGGCGACGACGACGGACGCGCAGGCAGGCAUUGA